ACUUGGAGAAGAAGACAUCUUGUCGUUGAAAAAUCUGAACAAUAAUAUUGUAAUGUUUUCGCUAUGGAUCAGUAUUUUUUAGUAUUACUUGGUACUGGUCUGAAUAAUGAAAAGCUAGAUCACGGUUUCAACGUAGAGCUACAGAAAGGAUUUGAUAUCGUAACUGAUCAAAUACUUCGAGCAAGAAAAGAAAAUAAUUGCCAAAAUGAGGAAAGCUAUCCAGAAGAUCCUCUGUUAACCUUCAUUCAAAGCAGGCAUCAAAUUUACUUUGCAUUGAGUUGUUCUCAGCAGCUUCAGCUUGAGUUACAGGAAAUGGAUCCAGAUGGCAAGUCACAUGAUAUCUUGAACAAUUCUGAUUGGUUGCCUGCUGCUGAUGAUGAUGAUGUACUCUUACAGAUACAAAGUAUCAUUAAGCAGUUGGUUUCUAGACAAGACAAUAAUAAUGGUGUUCAAGACCAAAAACAUUCAGCUGUCAAAAAUCGUGAUACACCCAGUGAUGAUGAUGAUGAUGAUUACAACAAUGAUGAUGAUACUGCUGAUCAUAUUCAUCAUCUUGCAGAUCUUCUACCUAUAAAAGAAGGUGCAGUAAUCAAUGUAUAUUGGAUAUUACCAGAUCAACACAACCUGAAUACCACGAACACACUCCCUUUAUUUGGUGCGCUUAAAAGACUACAACACUGCAACAAUGCUCUGCUUAACAUUCUUACUACAAACAACUUAUCAAGUGAUGGGUUUUUGGAUUUAUGGAAGAAGUGGCUAAAUUUUAAUGUUCUUGACAUGACAAACCCAUUUGUCCUAAAAGAAGUACCAUUAUGGCAUGGCUCUCUGACUUGUGUAGGAUUACAGAGAAAAUCAAGAGUUAUUCUGCCUGGUUUUACACUGACAUCAGACAGCAACACACAAAGGGAACUGGACGUGAUAUUUAAAGAGGGGAACAGUUUUUGUCCACGAUCCACAUGCAGCACUCAAUAUUUAAAGCCUGAAAUCCAGAUCCUGAGAUACAUCCCUUGGAUAAGUGUGCCUUUAUACCUCCUCCUGCCAAUCAAACUAAAACUACAUUUGGAGUAUAAAAAUGAAAAGUUGUCUCAAACGUUUCUGCAUGAUUUACACAGUUCUUGCAGCAAGGGUCUUGGUUUACUAGCCUGCAUGUCGCUGACAACCAAAUCUGAAGCCGAGAAAACUGGGCAAAACCUGGAGUCGUGGAUGGAGUACAUCACUUCAUCAUCAGACCUUUCUACAUCUCCAGAAAAACUAAAAGCAGAAGAAAAGGGAAUUUCUUCGCAAGAACUACAACAAAUCUUAUCUUUACCAACAUGUGACAUUUCGUUACCUCAGAAGAAAAGUUUACAUCUCACAAAGAAGAUAGAGAUCGAUUUGUCAUCCACCAUUGAACAUAACCUGCAGUCAGAUUUGAAUGUUCCACCUAGUAAAUGGCCUGAAAGAUUAUGGUUGAUGCAGAAUGACCCAGCAGAAUUGGCUGCAAGAGAAGCGAAGAAAAAAGCACCAAUACCAAUAGAAGAAGUUUUAUCCAUGGACGUGAAAGAUAUUUUGAAAAGAUUUCAUUCUGAUGGUAGACCGGUCAGAGAAAACCUUUCUCCUCUACGAUCCGCUUAUAAAACCGACGCUGAAAGUCAUAUUCUAAUCAACACGACUGAAGAAAGCAUACGACGAGCUGGUUAUCCUGAAGCGUUGACGAAAAAAUACCACGGAGUUGAAUAUUGCUUGGAUUCUCGUGACGCUUUAUCCAAAGACAUCCAAAUAGCUGGUACCCAGACCUCCAUUCUAAAACAAGAGACUCUGUCAUCUUACGCCGCGCUGAACUCCAAGAGACUGGAGACAAUACCUAGGAAUUUCCAACGAGUUACUCGAUCAAAAGAUAGGGAUCGAUCAAUAGAAGCGGCAACUGAUGUUAAGAAGAACACACAAAAAAGACCAAAGAAAAGAACGUCACCGUCGGCAAAAGACGGCACAACACGACAUUCAACGAAACGAAAACGAUCUGAAUCACCAAAACAACAAGGUCCAGUAGAAGAAAAAGUCGGUCCUACUAAAACGAAGGAGUCCAGAAGCCAGCGGCAUAAACGACGUCUUCGUCUCGUCAUCGAGAAAACACUAAUCGAGCGAGGGAUUGACAAGAACAACGAUCUGUACUCAUCGUGUUCAGAGAGACUGUACAGUCUGAUCAAAAGCUUUUUGAAGGACUUGACGUCUUCACAUGGACUGAACGACACGAUGAAAGAUCUCGCUCGAAGUAACGUAGACCAGGUGAUAAAUUUUGAAAAAACUCGUCUGAGCGUGAAAUAACACAAGAAGAAAAGAAUAAUUGACUGCAUUUCCAGUUAUUUCUAAUCCAGGACACGGACAGACGAAGAAAAAAAACACGAAGGACAUUCAUACGACAGGGCGUUUUUAUCAAACCUUGAAACAUCUUGGCUGAUAUGCAGGCAGAGCAUGGCGAACUUACAGAUCUAAUGAGAACAAGCUAAGCUGAAUUCACUCUCUAGGUUGCCUGACUUUGAUCAGCCCAGAGGUUGUUUCAGGGUUUGAUCUGUGAGUUAGCCAUGCCCUGACUUAGAUCAGCCCAGAGGUUGUU